AUGCCCUUGAUCCAUUCGAGUCAGGCUUCAGGUCGCAGCAUGAUGAGACCCCCAAAAAAGAUCUUUUUUUGUAUUGUUGUGUUGGUCUUUGGUGGUUCCGCAUUAACAAUCCUGUUGAUUUCUAGUGAUGUCUACCCAUUUUGCCAAAAAGACCUCUUCAUUUUAAAGAGAAACAGUGGGGACUUUUUGAAACUGCCAGAGGCAGAUUGCAGUAUGAACACACCAUUCCUAGUAAUACUUGUAACAUCUCGACUUGGCGAAACUGAAGCCCGGAUGGCUAUCCGCCAGUCAUGGGGCAAAGAAAGAGUAAUUGCUGAGAAACGAAUUGUGACAUAUUUUCUCUUAGGAAACAAUUUCCGAUCCUACGAACAGAUUGCUGUUGCUACAGAAAACACACUUUACAAGGAUAUCAUUCAGAAGGAUUUCCUAGAUACAUAUUAUAAUUUAACUUUGAAGACUUUGAUGGGCCUUGAGUGGAUUCAUAAAUUCUGUCCGCAGUCUACGUUUGUGAUGAAAACUGAUUCUGAUAUGUUUGUGAAUACGUAUUACCUGACUGAACUUCUUCUGAAAAGAAACAGGACCUCUAGAUUCUUUACAGGUUUAUUAAGAAUGCAUGACCAUCCAGUAAGGGAUCCAAGCAGUAAGUGGUAUGUGAAUGAAGAGGAAUAUCCAGGAAACUAUUACCCUCCAUUUGCUUCAGGGACUGGUUAUGUUCUCUCCACCGAUGUUGCAAGUCAAAUAUAUGUAAUUUCAAAAAAGGUCCCCUUCUUUAAGCUGGAGGAUGUUUUCAUAGGUCUCUGCCUUUCUGAACUGAAAAUUCAACCAGGCAAACUUCAUUCAAAGCCAACCUUUUUUUCAGGCCACAUUCCAUAUUCUCCUUGCCGUUACAAGAAGAUCAUCACAAGUCAUUAUACAGCUCCCAGUCAUAUUAUGUUGUACUGGGAUGGGCUGGAGAAGUCCAUUGCUGAAGAAUGCCCAGAAAGUCAAGAAAAUUAA